CGGGGAUGCUCGAAAGCCUUCCUCGUUCCUGUGGUGGAAGGAGAUUGGACUAUAGGAUUUCUGGUGAAGGUGACAUUGCCUUCGAUGUCAGCACUCGGUGGUGUGAGAUUAUCUGUAAGAACCCUGAGCAAGUCUGGGGGUCAGUGAAAUCUUCCCAGAGUUCAUGCCAUCCUGGGUAUCUAAGGAACCCUAAUAAUGAGGAAUAGACGCUGUUUCUGCAUCAACACCAGCCAAGGGACAAUCCACCUAAAAUCCUUAAAGGACCUUAAACAAUUUGCCCCAAGCCCUUCUUGUGAGAAAACUGAAAUCAUUGUGACAAUGAAGAAUGGGGAUCAAACGUGUCUAAACCCAGAUUCAGCAGAUGUGAAAGAAUUGAUUAAAGAGUGGGAGAAACAGGUGAGCCAAAAGAAAAAGCAAAAGAAAGGGAAAAAAAAUCAAAAAAGCAGGAAAAUUUUUAAAGUUAAAAAGUCUCAACAUCCUCAUCAAAAGAAGACCACAUGAGCAACCACUUUACCAACCUUAUACCCAAAAGGUUCUUCUUAAUUAUGAUGAAAUAAUUCCAAAAGGAGAUGGCAUCUUAAUCCAUAAGCUUUUUAUUUGGAAAUUUUCAAGCAUUAUUAUGAAAUUGUAAUUAAAGCUAGAAAGUUGCUUUUGAAAUCUAAACAUUAAGAAUUGUUA